CCUUGGCAAGUUGGGCAAGUGGAAACUCAGUCGGAGGAUCAAGUCUCUGAUCCAGCAUUGGCGAUCGAGACCUCCGUAGGAGAUACAACUGCCCAUCAGGAGAAAAGUGCCGUAAACAGUUUGACUGAUGCAAUUGGUGCUGCAGGAGAACCUUUGCAUUCAGAAUCAAACGAUGACCUGGAGGUACUGGAAAGCUUAUUUAUUGGAAUGGAACGGGUAGGUUGCUUUCUUGGUUGUUCAUCUGCCGUUGGCUUUAAGCACAUUGAGGAAAUGCAGUUCGAGAUCCUCAGGCUCCGGCAAGAGGAUGAAGCAAAACGGUUGAAAAUGAAUCACCCCCCUCUCUCUUUGGCUGAAGUCCUGGCGGACCUAGAUCGUAUGCUAACCAGCCUAGAAGCGCAUAAGACGGAUUACAGUGUGUUGGUGGAGAUUCAGGAAGAGAACAUCAGAUUGAAAGAGGAAGUUACCCGGCUAAAUGAGGAGGUCCAGUGCCUACGCCGUGAACUCGAAACCGUGAACAAAGCCCAUGCAGCUCAGUUGGUGGCAGUUAACCUCACCACUGAGGAAAAAUUGGCAGCGCUGUGCAAAGAUUACGAAGCCAAAUUAACUAAGCAGUCAACCCAAUUCACAGAGAUGAUGGACGAAGAACGGGCAAAUUUUGCGGCUCAAAGGGACGCUUGGAACGAGGAGAGAGCCAGUGUAUGUGUGCUUCAGUUUGGCAACCUUUUUCAGGACAACAAUAUUCCACUCACCAUUAAUCGUUAUGUAGCAGAUAAGAAUAAGUAA